AUGGUUGCAGACCGUAAAGUAAGGGCUCUGAAGCGUCUAUUAAAUGAUAAAUCUGAAGCUUGUUCAAUGAACUUUUGGACUGAUAUAGCACCAAUUUUUUUACAAAACAAUGGGAAUCAAUACAAUUUUAAUGAAAACAUAGCAUCAUCAGAUGAUGUAUUCAUCGUCUUAGAUGAGCUUAUCUAUAAGUUAAGAGCCGAUAAUAUUCAGCUCAAUAAUCAAACUCAACUUGAUCAAUCAAUUAAUUCGUUAAAGCUGUCCAUGGUUAAUUGGGUAAACCUCAUCAUGUGUUUACCAUCAUCAUAUUAUAAUAUAAUCAAUUCCCAUAAAUUUUUGAAAGUUGUAAAAGACCAAUUAAUUAUUGACGAAACUGAAUUUCAAGAUAGCUCUGUUGUGCAAGCAAUAAGUAAACAGUUUGAAGAAGCCAAAAAAAAAAUUAUAGAUAAUACUGUAGCGGUUGGGCAGCAUAACAUCAUCACCAAGUCCAUGAAAAAUAUUGUCAUCACAAAAAUGGAACUCAUAAAUGACGAUGAAAUAGUUAAGAGUUGUCAAAAAUUACAAGAAAGGGUUCAAGAGUAUUCAAAAGUUAAUAAGGAAUGUUCUGAAAUUUUCUUGAACUUUCAAGCGCAGCAUGGUGCAUUAAUAAACGAUAGGAGUGAAUAUAUAAGUUGGAAGAAAAAAGAAGAAAACAUACUGAUACCUUUUAUCUAUGAGUUAUACAAAGAGUUGAAAAAAAAAAGGGAGCUGUUUAAUGUUACGGAUGCAUUUUUAGCUAGAGAAGCUGGAGAUAAAAUUUUCAAGGUUUUAAAUGAAUUAAUUAGUCAAUAUCUCAGUGAAGUAAACAUCCAAGACAAAUUCCAAUCACUCCUUCACUUUAUAAUGAAUACAAUCAACACUAAAGACCACCAGUAUCAUAUUGAACGGGAACACAGCUUAAGUUCUAAAGGAAUAUAUGAGAAAUUAAAGUCAGAUUAUUUUGAUAUCUUAAACAAAACCAAAGAUCCACCAGCAAAUUAUGAACUAAAUAAAUCAAAUAUUGCUUGUGACUUUACAGUUACAAAUUUAGAGAAUAGAAAUGUGUUUAUUGUUGAAAUUAAGAGAGACUUGAAUUUAGAACUGAAGUUCAAUAAACUGCUUGAAAAUACUAACUCUUCUGGAGAUAUUUUAAAGCAAACUUCAGACAAAGAUCUGAUCGAAUUAUUAGACAUUCUAAAACAAAUGUCAAGUUACAAGAUUGGUACUAAUGCUGUCGUGUGCUUGUUAUCUAAUUACGAAUUUACCAUCAUUUUUGAAAUUAAAGGUGCUGAAAAUUAUAACACUGGUGAAUUAAUUUCUGAUCAUGAUGAUAUUGACAAGGGUGACACAACUGCUGAUCAUAAUACAAUCAUAUUCUAUGGGUUGCAUAUCAGCUAUUAUUCUGUUAGAAAUCAAGUCGAUGUGACACAGAAUAUAAAUCUCAAUUGGGCUAUUUUAUAUUGUUGUGAAAGGUUGAAUCAAGAAACAACUUCUUCUCGACCACCAACAAACUCAAGCUCAGAACUAAGUUUACUGGUUGAUGAAUAUCAGGAUGAUCAUGAUAACACUGAAAAUAAUGAUCUAAAUGAUGAUAGAAGUGAUCUAAAUGAUGAUAGAAGUGAUCCACAAGAUAAUUUACAAGAUAAUUUACAAUCAUUGAUCGAUGGAGAUAAGCUAAAAAUUAAUCAAGAUGCAAAUGCCAAUUUGUAUGCCCCAGAUUUAGAUGAUCAGAUAUUUUCAUACAAAAGAAUCGAGGUUGAUGAAAAUGAUUUAUUUGGAAAUUAUAAGGAUAACCGUUUCAAUAAAACAACUGAAAUAUUAAAGAAUGAUCAUGAAGCUAGAAACAAAUCAAAUACUGUUUUAAAAAUACCUUUAGAUGUUUUAAAAAGAAUAGGAUUGACUAAUGAAAUUGAUUCAAAAAACAUCCAUGAUGUGGUGAAAAGUGAUUAUAUAAUGAAGAUAAGCUGUAUAGACACUAUUGAUAUGAAAGGGUCUAUAAAGAAGCAGCCAUAUCCUUCAACUUUGGAUUUAUUUAAGGAACAGUUUGCAGCUUUUAAGAAUAUCAACAAUUUCAAUGCAAGACAGAUUCUUAAUGGAUCAGAAGAUCUAUUACAUGUUCCAAAGUUAUACUCAUCUGGAUUCAUCAAAAUUAGAAAUAAAUAUGGUUACAUUGUUAUUGCUGGUUAUUUUUUGAUCCUUGAAUACAUUCCAGGUCAAAUUUUUGAUCCAUCCAGCCCAAAAACUGAUGAAAAUUCAUGGAUUCAUAGAGAUUUUGAAGAAUUAACCAAAAAACUGACUCGUUAUGGUCUUGGGAAUAAAGAUUUAUAUACAUUUGGUAAUAUAAUCUUGAAUAAUGUUGAUCAAAAACUUUAUAUUGUUGAUUGGGAUCUACCAGAUCAUCAAAUUAAAUACCCAGAUGUUGAUGAAAAGAAGGAUGAUGAUGAUGAUCGUGAUAUUAGUACUGCAGGUGUUUCAGAUAAUUCAACUAGAGCUCAUUUAGAUUCUUUUGAUGAUGCUGGUUCUUCAAUUACUAUGGCUACAACAGCACAAGAUGAACAAACUCAAGAAAAAGAAUGA